CCCGAACGUGUCUUUAAUUCCACAGUGGCAUCCAGGCUCUCAUCACCUCUUAACAUAGCUGAUCCAAUCUUUACUGGUGACAGCUUCACGCCUCCAGCCUUCUUCUAACCACUUCAAUCGAUAUCCACGCGACCGAAAUUUGUUCGUCCUCUGCCACCAUCGUCACCGAUCCACGCAACCACCUAACUCGGCGACCAAAACACCUCGGACGGCGCUAUGGUCCGGUUAAGGGAGAUACCCAGAACAGCUGCUUUCGCGUGGUCGCCUGGCACUGGACUGCCCAUACUGGUUACCGGAACCAGAGCAGGUGCUGUAGACGCAGACUUCUCGGACGAGACGAAAUUAGAGCUAUGGGACUUGAACCUAGACAAUUUGGAACAGGGGGUUGAACUCCAGCCUAUUGCUAGUAUCAGCACAGAUUCGAGGUUCCAUGAUAUCGCCUGGGCACCUCCAAACGAAGACCACCCGAAGGGUAUCAUUGCGGGGGCACUUGAUAAUGGCUCCUUGGACUUAUGGGAUGCACAAAAGCUCCUUGAUGGAUCAAGCGAUGCUUUUAUGUCCCGAACAUCAACACAUGCUGCCGCGAUCAAGUCUCUCCAAUUCAAUCCCUUGAAGCCCGAUAUUUUGGCCACCGCGGGCGCGAAAGGCGAACUAUACAUUUACGAUGUCAAUGAUAUGUCAAACGCUUCCAGACUUGGCAACCCCCAGGCGCGGUCCGAUGAUUUGGAAUGCAUUGCUUGGAAUAGAAAAGUCCCCCAUAUUCUGGCCACUGGCUCAGUCGCUGGGUUUGUAACAGUGUGGGACUUGAAAACAAAGAAAGCAACUUUAACUCUAAAUAAUAGCCGCAAGGCUGUGGGAGCUAUUGCAUGGGAUCCGAACAAUCCCACGAAAUUAUUAACGGCUACGCCGGACGAUUCUACUCCUGUUAUCCAACUGUGGGACCUCCGAAACUCGAAUGCCCCUGAGAGAACAUUACAAGGACAUGAGCAAGGUGUCCUUUCACUUUCGUGGUGCGAACAAGAUAGCGAUAUUUUACUCUCUUCCGGUAAAGAUAACAAGACGUUAUGUUGGAAUCCCCAGACCGGCGAGCUUCUUGGAGAAUUUCCCGAAGCCACAAAUUGGACCUUUCAGACGCGAUUCAGCCCACGCAACCCCAAUUUGUCCGCAACAGCGUCGUUUGAUGGCAAGAUCUCCAUCCAGACCCUGCAAAACACCAACCAGCCUGUCGGCCAGGGAGCAACCAAUGGUCUUACAGAUGGCGAGGACUUCUUCAACAAGGCGCAAACCCAGCCACAAGGAUCAUCGUUCACUUUAACGAAGGCCCCGAAAUGGAGUGAGCGUCCUAUAGGCGCUUCGUUCGGAUUCGGAGGAAAGCUGGUUAUCUUCAGCCAGCAGCCGACGACGGCAGGGGGCCAGCGUUCCUCGAAAAUACAACUAUCAAAGUUUUCAGCCGAUUCCGGUGUUGCCGCAGCCACAGAGGCAUUCGAAACAUCUUUGGAGUCCGGCGAUAUAUUAGGAAUCUGCAAAUCCCAUAUAGAGUCGGCGAAUACAGAAGAGGAAAGUGCUGAUUGGGAAGUCAUCAAAGCUCUUGUUGCUGAGAGCCCCCGAAAGAGUGUCACAGAGUACCUUGGAUUCUCAGAGGCCGAAGAUUCGUCAACUGGCGUUAAGGAUGCCACAACCCUCGAUGCCGAUGCCGCAAAAGAUUCCGAAACAACACCAGAUUUGACAUCUAAGGCCAAAAAUAACAGGCUGUCGACAUUUUUCAACGACAGCCCUGAUACCGAUGAUUUCCUGUCGGAUCUGACGCCAACGAAGACAGCCAAAACCAACGAUCCAUUUCACUUACUUUCGGAUUCAGACUCGCAAUCAGACCGCGAUAUAACAAGAGCUCUGAUGCUUGGCCAGUUCGAGCAUGCCAUGUCCAUAUGCCUGAAGGAUGAAAGAAUGGCCGAUGCUUUCGUCAUUGCCAAUUGCGGAGGCAAGGAGCUACUGGCUAAGGCUCAAAAGGCGUACCUGGCAAGCGCGGCUAAAGGACCCAAAUAUUUACGCCUCCUUGCUGCGGUAACCGACAAAAAUUUGUGGGAUAUUGUGUACAAUGCCGACUUGGCAAACUGGAAAGAUUCGAUGGCUACCUUGUGCACAUACGCCGAUCCAACAGAAUUUCCUGAUUUGUGCGAGGCUCUCGGUGAUCGGAUACUUGAUUCUGGUGGCUCCCGCAAGAACGCCUCGUUUUGCUACUUGGUUGGAUCAAAGCUGGAUAAAGUCGUUGGUAUCUGGAUAUCUGAACUUCAUGAGCAAAAACAGGAAGGCUUGCAAAAAGAUGGCCAUGAUACGAAUUUCUCCGUGCAUGCACAUUUGCUACAGAAUUUCAUUGAGAAAGUUACCGUUUUUCGCAAGGUAACAAACUUUGCGGAUACCGAGCAAGAUUCAUCUGAUGGGUGGAAGCUCGGGCCCCUGUACGAGAGAUAUGUGGAAUACGCAGAUAUCCUGGCCUCUCAUGGCUUCCUUGAUACUGCAGACAAAUAUCUCAAUCUUCUGCCGGCUCAGUAUUUGGCGGCUGACGUUGCGCGAAACCGAGUUAAGCAGGCCUCAAAGAAGGCAACUCUGCAGUCUCAAGCCCGUCAACAGCAGCCUGUAGUAUCGAGAACAGUUCCCAGACCCCAGCAAACCACUUCGUUCCCUUCUCAGCAGCGCCCAGUGGAACCCUCUAGGGUAGCAAACCCCUACGCGCCUUCUCCAUCGGCACAUGCGCCAAAUCCAUAUGCUCCUCCAGCGCCAGCAUACGGGUCUCAACAGGCCUAUGGUUCUAACCAACCACAAGGAAUUUAUGGGUCUCCGUCGAUGCCUCCUCCUACAGGCUUCUCUCAGGACAACGCGUAUGGCCAAUUUGGAGCUCCUCCUAGGAACAUUACGCCCUCGCAGCCUCCUCCGUCCAAAGCAAAGGAAAUGACAAAUUGGAAUGAUACGCCAAUGGUGACAAAGCCAUCCAUAUCUAGAAGAGGAACCCCAGGAACGGCUCCAGCUCCCAUCACUUCGCCAUUCCCCAAUCAGCCAAACCUCGCCCUACCACCGUCGGCCCCACCGUUUGGCGCGCCUCCAAGGGGCACUCCUACACCUCCCCCGCCACCUCCAAAGGGGUCCAUGGCACCGAGAGUAGCAUCACCACUAGGUGCUGGGCAUCCUCCGCCGUUUGGACAGGCUCCCCGGUCAUCUCCUAACCUUAAUGCCUAUGCACCACCGCAUGCACAGGGUGGACAAGGCUAUCCUCAGGCCGCCCCACCGCCAGCUAUCGCUCGAGGACCGUCGCCAUAUAAUGCUCCGCCGUCGGGCCCACCCCCAACAAACCGCUAUGCACCAGCUCCCGCUACUCAGCAGCCUUCUCAACAAGUGCCAGGCCAGGUCCCACCGCCUCCCCAGGCAGGUUUCCGACCUCCACCACCGUCCAACCCAUAUGCCCCCCAGCAAGCUCCCCAGGCAACUUAUAACCAGCAACAGUUCCAGCAUACACAGCCAGUUCCGGCCCAAACAGAGCCACCUCGUGGCACAGUGUCAACUUCGAGGCCUGGCACUGCACAGGGGCAGGCUCCCAAGCCACCUGCUCCGUCAUCAAAAUAUCCACCGGGUGACCGGUCACAUAUACCUGCGUUCGCCCAGGAUAUGGUAGGUAUACUGAGCAAUGAUAUGCAGCGAGUCGCUAGCAAAGCACCUCCGAAUUUCGCCGCCCAGGUGAAAGAUACACAGAAGCGACUAAACAUACUGUUUGACAAUCUUAAUAAUGGGGAGCUUGUUAAGCCGGAUACCAUCGAAAAACUUGGCGAACUUGCCCAGGCUCUUCAAGCAAAGGACUACGAUACGGCUUCAAGGAUCCAGGUAGAUAUCCAACGAGAGAAGCUGGAUGAGUGUGGAAACUGGAUGGUUGGUGUUAAGCGUCUGGUAAACAUGAGUAAAGUAACCCCAUAGAUCAUGAGUAAAUGGCAGCCAGCCCGCACUUGAUUAUUAGUGCGAUCCAUUCUGUUGGUGGAAGUGUGUUUCCGACCAAGGAAUGAUUCUGGCAUUUACAAUCUAUGCGUUUGGCAUUAAUGAUGAAACAUCCGAAGUAGCAUAUAGCGUGCUGCUUUUCUGCGUUCGAAAAACCACAAAGAGUUGAGAAUAUUAUUUUUCCGUUGUAUAGACAGUGUAUGCACCAACACGGUAUUGAGACAUUUGGACUGAGUGACAGUAUUGCAUCCAAGUGGUGUUUGGAGUCAUCGGUAGCUCUGCCUAUGACCCAAUCGAGUCCAUAUGGGGCCAAGUAUCACGUAUAAUAUAGCUAGAUAAUUCGAAGUCAUUUCAUCGAUCG